UCAAAGAAGCUGUGGACGUUUUGGGGUUUUCACUCGUUUGUUCGUUCAGUAGAUCGUAGGUGUAGAAAAAAUCUUGUUUUAGAAAGCGUUUUGAGCAUUUUCAGCACAAAGCUGAUGAUUAAUACCUUGGAGAAGCAGCAGAUCGAAUGUUGCAUUUUCGCUUCCGGUUUGCAGUGGUUCUUGGUGGUACAUAGUACUGCUUUUGCCCAGCAUUUGACGAACAAACCAAGGCCAGCUGAGAUCGAGUAUAAUUUUGGUUCCAAGUAGAAGGGUAAAAGCUUUACGUAAACCUGAAAUCCGAGAGCUAUUGGCAUUGAGACGUGCUUUGUUCUUUUUGUGUGAAGGGAAAGCUAGAUUAGAGGCACAAUUGCUCGUUACGGGAUGCCUCAGCCGUACCGCUAUCCAACGCAGAAUUUCACGUACGUGAGUUCGUGCGUGAAGUAUAUGAUAUUCCUCCUGAAUUUUAUCUUUUGGUUAUUCGGAGGUUUAUUGAUCGGAAUCGGUUUCUAUGCGUUUGUUGACAAAUGGCAGGCCACUGGGUUAAUCAAGCUGGAGACGUUCUACGAUAUUGUGCUGAACAUUUCGUUGGUCAUGAUAAUCGCAGGAGGAAUCGUAUUUGUUGUCAGCUUUGCAGGAUGUUUGGGAGCGCUCCGGGAAAAUACCUGUCUGCUAAAGUUCUAUUCUCUGUGUUUGCUUAUGUUUUUCCUGUGCGAGAUGGCGGUUGCAAUCGUGGGUUUUGUGUUUCCCCACAAGAUGAAUAUUGUGCUGGAAGAGUCAUUCACCGAUAAGAUCAUUACCACCUACCGAGAUGAUCCGGAUUUGCAAAAUCUGAUAGAUUUUGCCCAGCAAGAAUUCCACUGUUGUGGACUCAGCAAUGACGGUUAUCUGGAUUGGGGCAAGAACGAGUACUUUAAUUGUUCAUCGCCGAGUGUGGAGAAGUGUGGUGUUCCGUACAGUUGUUGCAUCAACGCAACCGACAUCUCCUCCGGGCUGGUCAACAUUAUGUGCGGUUAUCACAUUCAGCAGCAGUCGGUGGCCGCGGCUAGCAAAAAAAUUUGGACAAGUGGAUGUAUCGAGAUUGUUCGCGUUUGGGCCGAACGCAAUCUGUAUCUGAUAGCAGGCAUAGCCCUGGGAGCGGCCCUCAGUCAGCUGUUUGUGAUCUAUCUGGCCAAAACGUUGGAAGGUCAGAUCGAUCUGCAGAAAAGUCGCUGGUCGUCGUGAGCUUACGUGGGCUGGGGUGGCGGACGAGCGGUUUAAGCGUGGAGAUAAUGAAUGGACUGACAUGACUACCGAUUAGAUACCACUGAUAAAUGUUUACUAAAUAGAAACGUUCGUCGGGGCAAACUCUCGUCACAUAUUUGACCGUUAGAUUACUGGAGUGGAAAACGCAUGAUCUGUUUAUGGUAUAGUCGUAGAUCCUUCUUCUAUCGAUUAAAAGAGCAAAAGCUAACAAUUGGUGUUCCCCGUACAUCCAACUUCCGUUCACGUUCAUUCAUACAAACUAGGAAAUACGUACCAACAACAAUGACACAUACAUUCACAUUUUACACAAAACCAGAGAGCGUAAUUAUCUCGAGCGACUGGCUCAACCGAUGCAUUUCUUGACGAUGUAGGAUGCAUACUUUUAAGAUACCACGUUGUUCCAAUAUUUGAAAAAACAAAUAGAUUUUCUCUAAGUUUAGAAUAAAAUGACUGAACUAUUGUACUGUUUCGUUCGGCAUUUGUAAGGGCCCCAUACCGCCUCUCCGAUCAAUGAAUAGCAUUCCUCCUCGAAUGGUAUUUUCUCUAUGCUACCCAUAAUCACUUAUUUGUCCAAGGUUCCGAAGGAUCUCCUUCUCACAUGGGACUGAUUUGCGAUUAUAGGCAGUGUGAGACUUGAGCAAUAAUUUCUAUUGAUCUUUGCAUAGAACAUAGACUGGAUAUAUCUUAUUAGUCAAGCUAACUUCUAUACUCCAAGUAUUACCGUCACUUAUCUCUGCACGUUUUGCAUGCGUUCAGCAACUGUGAACAUAAUAAAAAAAAUCUCAUCUUUAUUACGUACUUUUCGUUAGAUUUAUAUUCUAUGCGGUUUUAUAUCAGAAGGUUUUUAACAUCGAUAACUAGACAAAUGCUCUUUCCCACAACCACUCACUAUCAAAUAACGGAUGUUUCGUGUAUUAUUAGAAAGGGAAAUAAAAAUCAAAUAAUGACCAUUCAAGAUAAAAUGGCUGAAUUCAGUAAUUUCUCUGUUUCAUGUGCAAAAGAAGAAAUAUUAACGUAACAUAAAUGGAAAAGAAUCAAUAGAAGUAGUAAGCUAUGUCAUUAUUUGUAAAGCUCAAAGAUAGCAAUUAGAGUUACGAACAAGCCAAUAACGAUAUCAAUAAAAAAACGCUGGUGUCAUACAGAAAACUUA